AACAAUCACGCGGGGCCGCAGGUAGCAGGUAGUUAGCAGGUAGUUAGCAGGUUAAUCACGCGGCCCGCCUGCCCGUCAAUAAUAAUAUUACUCCUUGAACAAGCUGCCUACGAGAUGUGAGAUGCUAGUUUGCUCGUUGCUCUUUUGUUGCAGUUGGGUACAAAGCGUACGGGCCGCCCCGACGUCGCGGCGUUGCUUUGGGGGGGUUGUUCGCAGCAGCAGCAGCAGCAGCCACACCACGCGACGGGCAACCCAUCUUCCCCCUCCUCUCCUGCGGGCGUUUGAUUGCAUAUUGCAGAAAGGGACUCUUAUUUUUGUUUAUUUCUCUUUUCUUUUCAUUCUUUGAUAUGCUCCGGACUACCAAGUCUCACAUAAUGGUAUUUAUAGACUGCCCUGUAUUUUCGGACGUCCUGAGUGAACUUCUCCCAUGUACAAUUCAG